AUGGUGAUCGCUAACGAGCAGACACAAAAUACAAUAUUUACAUACACAAAAUGGACUGGAAUACCUGUGUACGGUGGAAAAAUAGCCACUAUCUGGGCUUUGAUUUUAUUUAUUCUGUUAUGUUGUUUGGAAGCAGCUGCCAUUUGGAAACUGAUACGCAUAUUGUCUGGCGUUGCUGUUUAUUCUUCAGCUAGUCGAAGCUUAGUGGCCAGAUUAUCGGGCACAAUAUUUUAUGCAAAUAGUUUAAUAUCUUUAGUUCUAACAUGGAGAUUCAUUGCUGCUUGGGAUGAUUUGUCACAACAUUGGUUAAAAAAUGAGUUGUUAUCAGGCUUGAAUACAGCAAAAGAUAAAUAUAUUAAAAGGAAAAUAAUUUUUGUUACAACGUUUGUUAGCGUAUGUGCUAUUGUCGAACACAUAUUCAGUAUGAUGGCGGCGAUUGGUUUCCAUUGCGGUUCUCUUGAAGGGUGUCUCCGGACGUACAUUUUGAUAUCACAUGGAUUUGUAUUACAAAGUUACGAAUAUAAUUUAUGGUUUGCGAUUCCAAUAUUUAUUUUAAGUAAAUUGGCAACUAUUUUAUGGAAUCUACAAGAUUUGGCCAUAAUAUUAAUGAGUAUGGGCAUAGUAUCUCGAUACAGUAUGUUAAAUUUGUACACGAAAAAAUUGAUUCAAUGUGAAUAUCAGAAGAAACUAAAUUAUAAUAAACUAUCGUAUCAACACAUCGACCAAUGGCGUAAGCUCCGUCGAUCGUACGCGCGUCAGGCAAAAUUAGUGCGCUUGUUAGAAAAACAUCUGGGACCAUUAGUUCUGUUAUCGAAUCUGAAUAAUUUGUACUUCAUCUGUCUACAACUUUAUUUAGGCAUAAGAAUAAUGUCGAGAUCGUGGAUAAGUCGUACAUAUUAUUUACUAUCUCUGACUUGGCUUUCAUCUAGAGCCUGUGGCGUUGUCUUAGCCGCUGCUGCUAUCAUUUUGUACUCAAAAAAGGCUUUACCUGAUCUAAGGUCCUGCUCUAGUGCAACUUACAACAUAGAGGUAAAAAGACUUAUUACACAGCUAACAUAUGAUAAUGUUGGUUUAAGUGGAAUGAAAUUAUUUUUCUUGUCCAGACAAAGCUUGCUAGAGGUAGUUGCAACUGUCAUCAAAUACGAGCUAAUACUAUUGCAAUAUGACAAGUGA